AUGGGAGAUAUAAAAAUAUUAACAUGGAAUCUGGAGAAGAAUUUGCUGUCUUUAACAGAAGAUUGUGAUUUCCAAAUGUUAGUUUCACUUGAGAAAAUAAAAGAGCUAGAAGAUUUGUGUAAAGAUGUGGAAGUCCUAACAGUAACACCAUCAGUGGUUCAGUAUCUUGAUUGGAAAGAAGAAGAUUUUGGUUUCAACAUCGAAAUGUCAUGGUCCAUGGUGUUAACACAAUAUCACACACCAAAACUACACGAGUUUAAUUCGUAUAAAUUUCAUUUUAAUAUAAAUGAUAUUAUGAAUGAUGGUGAAUGGUAUUACAGUCAAGAGAAGUUCAAUUAUAUUAACGUGGUAUGGAGUUGUCGCGUAGGGAGGUUUAAUGAUGGUUAUUUAGAUAUUGGUAUUGUACUAUCAUCAUGUGACAAUCCUAGACUAAACUAUUGUUUUAUUGAUGGUCAAAUCAGUUUAUUGAAUAUGGAUGAUGACAGUAAAACGGUAAGUGAUACAGUCGAUGAUGAGAGAUUCGAUGUUGGUGGGAAUGGUGGGAUCAUAUCAUCUGGGCGGAACUCACAGAUAAAAACAAUGGUUAUUUAA